UAUUGGUUAAAUCCCUAGAGCCGAAAAUCCUAAUGACAGUAAAGUUCCCUCUCCUCCAAAUCCCUUUGAUAAAUUUCUUCGCUUCUUCUACCAGAAUUUCCCGGCACCGUCGAUUCAUCUUCAUGGCGAGCCAAAGCUACUUCGAUUCUCCCUCGGCGGCAACCACAGAUUACCCAGUACCAUUAUCUCCGCCAUUGCCUGCCUUAUCUAAGGACAUAGAGCCGAAUAGAGCCUUAACAGCUUCUUCGAAAUCUGCUUUGUUUUCUCUCUCUCGAAGUCAUGUUAUCUUUGAAGACGAAUGGAUCAUUGCGGUUAAUAAACCUCAAGGAAUUUACUGCGAGAGCGUUUUGUCUUCACUCCCGGAUUUACUCAAUGACACUGGGGCUAAUGUUUCCGAGCUUCAUUUAGCUAAUAGACUUGAUCGUGACACAAGUGGUGUGAUGUUGAUUACUAAGUUACACAAAGUAGCAGCUAAGUUCGUAAAAGCAUUUACAGACCAUAAAGUACGAAAAACAUACCUGGCUUACUGUGUUGGGCUUGCUCCUAAAUGGGAAAAAAUAACUGUAAAAUCAGGUCAUGGACGGUCAAAAUAUGGAGCUUGGCGUGUUUAUGCUGCAUCAGAUGCGGGCAGAAAACUGCCAGGUGGAUCACUUGUUAAAGACAUGGAGACCUCUUUUGAAGUAUUAUCAGUGAAUGGUCUUGGGUGUUUUAAAGAGGUUGCUGACUUUCAUAAAGAUGAAGAUGUAGUCAUAGUUCAAGAGAAAUCAGUCAUUGGUUGUGACUUGAAGAAAGAUGAGAUUUUGGUCAGGGCGAGCCCUCAGAGUGGAAGAACACACCAAAUUCGCUUGCAUUGCCAGUAUCUUGGAAUUCCUAUACGAGGAGAUGUAAGAUAUGAAGGUGUCUAUGAGUGGAAAGGAAGCAGAUAUGAUAGUCAUGAACUUCAUGCAGAAAGUUUAUCUUUUGAGCAUCCUAUUACUGGGAAACCAAUGCUGCUUCAGGCACCUUUACCUUCCUGGGCCAUUCAACCUUAAAGUCUCAGUUCGAGUAAUGAUUGAUCUUGCAGUUUGAUAGUAUUUUGAGCUCUCUCAAGCAAAUGCUGGUGUGCAGACCAACUUGAGCACACCCAGACUAAUACGCUGGGUACCUGCUAUCUCUCAUCUGCAAAAAUGUUAGUGACUCUAUCCAUCAAGGUUCAGAUAGAUGGAAAAAGUUUGACAGUACACUUUUUUUGGAGGAUAAAGUUGCUGACGAUAUGCUAUUUAUCUUGCUUUGGACUAGAGAAAAAUAUGCUCGGUAGUUGUUGACUAUCUGCUAUUUAGGAUUUUUCUUAUACAGUAUCUGCAACUAAAUUGGAACAUACUGACUAAUAUGAAGUUAAUUUAUGCGGAGCAUCUAUGGAGAUGUUCUCAUUCUCUGCAAUUUGUUCAACAAGGGAGAGAGUUGCAUAGAUGAGCUGCAGGCUGCAGCACCGGAGAGGAUUUCCAGUCAGAUGUUAUUGACAUUUCAGUAACUGCCCUUUAUGUUAAUCUGCUAGUUGUUGG